AUGGAGCCAAGGCAACAAUUCUACCGGCUAUGCAAACAGUACCACUCAUCUGUUUGCAUACCAAAUUAUUUAUCAAUUGCAAGAAUAUCAUAUAUAAGGCCAUGCGCGCGCCCCAUAACUGAUCUUCGGUCCCGCUCAGAACCCCGAGUCUUCCCCAGUUCUGGAUGGGAGAACAUCGAACCUUCUUUUCUGGUUGAAGAAGAAAAUAUUCCAACUUAUAAACCCAAAAGUUUGUAUCCAGUUCAUAUUGGUGAAGUUUUUCAUCAUCGGUAUCAGGUGGUUGGCAAGCUUGGCUAUGGAUCAACUGCGACUGUGUGGUUAUGCCGUGAUCUACCGGGCCAUUGUCAUGUAGCACUGAAAGUUUACAUCACCUCAACAUCCGUCUCUCAGAGAAUUGAGAUUUACAACCACCUAAAAACAAUACAGUCCGAUCACGCAGGCCAAUCAUGUCUGCGAUCGUUGAUUGACACCUUUCAGGUUCAGAAUCCUGAUGGGCAUAGAUAUCAUACAUGCCUGGUGCAUCCGCCACUGGGCAUGAGUCUCGACCAGCUCACACCACUCCUCCCUAGUAAGGUCAUGAGCAGCUUUAUGGUGAGAACAACUAUGCGAAAUAUCCUCGCGGCUCUAGACUUCCUUCAUACCGAAGCACAAGUCAUACAUACAGAAGCGGAGGUUGAAGGUCCUGUACUCCGAAAGUCUCAUUCAGAUCGUACAAUCUACGUCUCACGACCUCUCCCUAUUUCCUUUGGCACCCCUGGUGACAUCAUGCCUGAUAUCUAUCGCGCACCGGAAGUCAUCCUGAAUAUGAACUGGGACAGCAAAGUUGACAUUUGGAACGUCGGGAUGGUGAUUUGGGAUCUUUUCGAACAUCGUCAUCUUUUCAAGGCCCGAAAUGACGAGGGAAAGCUAGAUGAUGGGCAGCAUUUAGCAGAGAUGCAAGCUGUUCUAGGAAGGCCUCCUGCAGAGUUUCUCGCUCGAAGCGCGAGGUCGCCCCAAUUUUGGGAUGCCAACGUCCAAUGGAAAGGUGAAGUUCCGAUUCCGGAUUACGAUCUCGAGACUCUGAAAGAAAGACUUGAAGACAGCGAAAAGGAAGACUUUUUGCGAUUUCUCAGGCGCAUGCUUUGCUGGUUGCCGGAAGAAAGAGCUACUGCGAAAGAGCUGUUGUUUGAUCCUUGGUUGAUGCAUGGCCGUUUCAAAUAA